AUGCCUAUAACAGAUGCUAACAAAGACGAAGCAGAGCGUUUCUUCGACAUUGCUGUGGAAGCAUACACGAACGGUGACUUGGAAAAGGCCGAAAAAUACUUCUUGAAAGCAGAUGAACUAUUGCCCACUGAAUACGUCAAAGAUAUAAUUUCAAAAAUACGUGAACGUAAAAAUGGCAAUACUGAUCCCGAUAAUACUGCCGAACAGACCGAAGCCGAUUACACCACCGAACAGAUGGAAGCUGUUCGUAAAGUAAAAAAUUGCAAAGAUUUUUAUGAAAUUUUAGGCGUCAACAAAACAGCUACGGACUCAGAAAUUAAGAAAGCCUAUAAGAAAUUAGCCUUACAAUUGCAUCCGGACAAAAAUCGUGCCCCAGGUGCUCUGGAAGCUUUUAAGGCAGUGGCCAAUGCAGCUGCUAUUCUAGCCGAUCCGGUAAAACGUCAACAAUACGAUGCACAUGGAUUCCAACCAGAGAAUCAGGAUCUGUUUGUAGCAUCGGAUUCAUUUAUUUCACUAUCCUUGGUGUUGCUUGGCGGAGCAAUAGCUGGCUUAUCAAUUGGCUAUCUUUUGAAUCGCUUAUUCUCAUCGAAACCAACCGAAGGAAAUCGUUGUGAUCAAGCUGAAGCUGGAGGGAGCGUGGGAAAAGACACUCCCCUACGUAAUGGAACAAAAAAAUAA